UAUCGUCCUGCUUCCACUGAACAGACGUUCGGUGUAUUAUGUGCUUCUACCCAACUGUGUGGUGGCUACCUGGUUUAAUUGAGUGAUUUAUGAAAUGAAUAAACGUCUGAUCCAAGUACUCGGCUUCUUAACUUCAUCGCUUGGAUGGCUGUUUGUGCUGUGCACCAUGGCCAUGGACUAUUGGCGGAUCUCCCAACUAGGAGGACAAGGAGGCUCCUAUAUCAUCAAAGUGGCCUGGUACUGGUCCAAUUUAUGGAAGGAUUGUUUCACGGACUCCACAGCCGUCACCAACUGUAGAGACUUCCCUGUGCUUUGGACGGUCACCCCUUUUGUCCAAGCAGUACGAGGAUUGCUAAUGUGCGGUUUAACUUUGGGGUUUUUUGCUGUUGUACUUUGCUUCCUUGGGAUGGAGUGCACUUAUAUUGGUGGAGCACAGAAAACCAAGGACAAAAUGCUUUUUGCCGGAGCAGUGUUUCAUAUCGCUGGCAGUGUGUCAGAUGUUGCUGGCUACUGCUUGUACAUCAACCGGGUUGCCAAAACAACCUUUGCUCUCCGAUUAGAGCCAGGAGUCUUACGGUAUGACCUAGGACCUCCUAUAUUUCUAGGAUUGGUGGGAUGUUUUCUCAUUCUUUUAGGGGGUAUGUUCUUCGGUGUGACCGUCUUCCGGGUAAUUGUCCCUGAGAGUAAAGUGGUAUAUGCCUAUGGAGGAGGCACAUACAUGAACCCACGCUCCAGAGGCAGAACUCUGUACACCGGAUACUACAGACCCUCCAGGCAGUAUGGAACUUAUGUGGGCUCAUCCAGCAGCUCCAAGAACUCAAAGCUCUCUCAGACAAUAAAUACAAAAAUCUCAGAAAGAGAUGCAUUUGUGUAGUUGCACAAAACUCGCUUUUCAUGUAUAGUUUGACUAACAAUCAGCAUAUUGCAUACUGUUAAUAUAAUGAAAAACCCUCUGCCUUCUCUUGAGAGCAUCAUGAACAAUUGUAUUUAGUUGUUUUUGCUGUUGUUAUUUUCAUGAUCUGAAGUUUUUAUUUUGGAAAAAAGGUUAUACUGUAUACUAUGUAUAGAAUACACUGUCUUGUACAACUCGUUGUUGUUGUUGUUAACUUUCAUUCUUGUAAACGUUGUUGUGAUUUAACAAAAGCAUGCAUUACAAUCAAUAAUGUCACUGUACAUUUAUAUAGUAAAAAAACUGCUAAUAUGAAUGCCAAUGAGAAAGUGCUUUUUUUUUUGGUUGAGGAAUUACUUAAUAAGGACACUGGUAUCUCAAUGGUUUAAAAUGAACGUCAACUAUAAAAAUAACACCCAAGCUGUAUUAAACGGACAUUUCAACAAUACAUGCUCUAUUUCAACCUCUGAACUUACUCUGUUUAUCUUUUAGUCUUAUACAAAUUUAAAUGGAACAUUAAUACAUUUUUCUGUAAAAAGCCAUAUUACACAAAUUGCGGCCUAAACUAUGUUUUCUACUGAACUAUCAGUAGCUGCAAACAAUUAGGCAGACAAAUGAUGUACAGACUUCCUGGAACCCACAUCGGCUUUGAUGAAUGUGUUUUUAAAGUUUUUGCACACUUUUAAACUAGAAGAUUUUAUAAGCAUGUGUGAUAAAAAACGAUUAAAGACUAUUUGAACACUGACUGGACGUGCCUUUGUACUGAAUGACACUGCUAAUUAUUUGGUUGAUUCAAUUUGUUGUUUGUUUUAUGGGACAUUUUGAUGCUGUUUUUAACUUUUUGCUGUUUUUACAUCUGUUUUGUGUGCUUCUUGUGUGAAGCUUUUAUGCUGCUGUCUUGGUCAGGACUCCCAUACAAAGGGAUGUUGAA